AUGUUUCUACAUAGAGGCCAGCUUUUAAGAGGCGCCCGAAGCGUCACCCACGCGCGGCCUCAAUCACUAUACCGACCGCAUUAUCACCUGCCUCAUCAAUUGCAUUCGACCCGGGCACCCGGUCCAGGAAGAAAUAAAGUCCCACGCUCGAAAACGACUUUUGGAAAGAUAAUAUGGAUAUCUGUCGGUGCCCUUGCCUGGUGCCAAGUCCUUAUCUCAUAUAUAUACGAGCCUCUCAGAGACAAUGGUGUUUUCACAAACAUUGCCCAAUCGACCAUCUUCCGAGCAAUACCAGCAAAGUUAGCACAUACGACCGAAAGAGAGGAAAGUGAGCUGUAUCAACCGAUCACUGGCGAUAAAGAAAUACGACUGCUUAUCUUAGAGCCGGGAGCACACGAGGACGCAUUGAAAUGCCAGUUAGUCAACGCUGAGCUGUCGUGGAGGACCAGAUUCGAGGCUCUAUCGUACGCCUGGGGAGACGAUACUACCAAAUAUCAGCUGAAAUGUUCUGGGCACCGUAUUGGUGUCAGAGCUAAUCUCCAUGAUGCCUUACUGGACUUGCGACAUCCAACACGAAAACGCGUCCUUUGGAUCGACGCUCUUUGCAUCAAUCAAGCCGACAACGACGAGAAGUCUAAGCAGAUUAGACUUAUGCAUGAGAUCUACUCACAAGCCCAAGAAGUUCUCAUCUAUCUCGGAAAAUCAGAUCCUUCGGUCCAUGGCGCGAUUAGAUCAAUGCGUUGGCUCGACUGGAAGCUUAUGCCUCUCUACGCUCGGCAAUUCCUACUAAGUUCGAAUAUUGGCAUGGCAAGCUUUUUUGUCGAGAGAUGGACAAAUAUGAAGCCUAUUAACCGAGAGGACUUUAAUUGGGAUGCCCUUAUAAACUUGUUGACUCGCCCAUGGUUCCAACGCACUUGGGUCAUUCAAGAAGCGGUUAUACCGCAGCAUGCACAGGUUAUAUGUGGCGACCAGUCCAUCUCUUGGGCAAAGUUUCUUCGAGUUGUGGAUGCCAUCAAGCACUAUCAGUCCUCUGUAAAGACGAUCCCGGGGUAUCACUCGAUCUACGAUACCAUUUCCAGUCUGGACUUGAUGCGAACAGCUCGCAGCAACCGACAUCCGAGGAUUUAUAUCCUUGGUCAGUGGUGGUACCGUCCUUUCCUGACUCGGCGCCCAAUGGAAGGUCAAGAAGAUUCUAAGCUACUUGAUCUCAUUUUAAUGAGUCGUAGAUACAAGUGCACAUAUCCUCAUGAUAAGAUCUUCGGUAUGCUCGGCGUUACGGGGGAGGACACGAGCAGCGAGUUCUUGAAACCGAAUUAUGAAAUCUCACAGUUGGACGCCUACCGAAACUUUGUACUCUGGGAACUACACUAUAAUAGAAGCUUCCGUGUCCUUGGCACGAGCUCACAAAAGAACAGUCAUCACCGCUCAUCUCCAUCAUGGGUUCCAGACUUCAACAAACUUGAUCCGAUCGAAAGCUUGACCGGGCCUCUCUUCAGCGGUUCAGGGAUCGACGCCAGUGCGGGAUUGCCAAUGGAGGUACGAGAAUCGGGCAAUGGUACUACGCUACAUAUUAAGGGAAGCGUAGUAGACACAAUACAUACUGUUGGCAAGAAGUCGUUCACGGAUAGAUCCAAUAGAUUCAGUAAACAUGGUCAACAGGACGAGCGAAUCUCAGUUUACGACCAACUUCAGGUGAACAGAGGAAUGAUUGAAGAAGCUAGAGAUAUCUGGCUUGAAGCGACGAAAGGAUUAGCUCGAGGCCUUGGACCUGGCCCUGGAGAUCGUAUCUUCGAUGCCACGAUCAACAAUGGUAGGCUUUUAGCCGAUAGGUCCAUCUCUCCAGGGUGGGAGCCAUUUCUACGGGUUCUCCUCGGCAACAUCUCUAUCGGGAGCAAGUAUUCUCUAUUCAUCAAGGAGAUCUCUACGUCUUUCCUUCGCCUGACCCUUGCGGAAGACAAGUUACGGAAGGAAUUUUCGAAGGGAGAAGAAGUUUUUGCCAUAAAAGCGCUUGGUUUCUUUGCAGCAAUAGCGCAGUCGCGACGCUUUGCACGGACAGACAUGGGGCUGGUUGGCUAUGUGCCCAUGAGGGCGAAGAGGGGAGACUUGGUAGUAGUUCUGUAUGGAUCUAAAGUACCUUUUGUGGUCAGGGAGCAGGAGCAUGGUAGAUUUUCCUUAGUUGGGGAGUGCUACAUGGAUGGGAUCAUGCAUGGCGAGGGAAUCAGGUUUGCAAAGUACGAGAAUAGAGAUAUAGAAUUGACAUUAGUGUAG